UUCUCACUACUUUUCAAAUUCUUUCUUUUCACACAAAAAUAUCAAUUAUCUUGAAAUUUUCAAUACCAAAUAUAUAUUAUUUAGAAAUAUAACUACUAGUACUUUUUGUCUUAGUAUUCUUCUUCCAUAUAUGAAGCCAAUUCAUUCCCUCUAAACAUACAUACAUACAUAUAAGAGCUUAAUGCAAUGCAUUUCAUAGCAUAUAGCAAUAAAUUGAAUUCAAAUGAUGAAAAAGUAUAAUAAUUAGCAUAGCCUAAAAUGAAUUCAUAUGGAUGGUUUUAAGAGUUUCUAGGGAUUGUCAUUGGUUUGCUGGAAUUCUUCCUUCGUGAAAAGUUUUGUAUGAGUUUGGUUUUGCGGACAGUGUUCAUCUUACACUCAGUUGCGUUAUCAAUAAAAUUUAGCAGUUUCAAAAAAAAAAAUUAGCAUAAAGUUGCAUGUACCAUAUGGAAGGUGUAUUUUCUCUUCCUAUAGCCGUCAGAACUGAAUUUAUUCAUACUCUAAUGCAAUCACUUGGAGGAUGUUGUUACAUUUGUCUUUGGGCAUAUAAUACCAUAUUACCAAAUCGUUUGUCCUUCUUGGAUGGUUUCUACAAUGUGCUAAACAAUCAAAUUCCAAGUUCUUCUUUGGGAAGUGUAGCACAACAGCUUUUUAAUCAAUACAGAAUUUUAUCAUUUGAUGUCAAUGAUGAUUGUGUUCCUGGACUAGCUUUUAGGAAUCAACAACCGUACCUCGAGCUGCAACAAUUGGAACUUUUUGCACUGUCUACAACAGAAAUACAGACACAAUUCUAUCAGGAAGCAAGAAUUAAGACUGCUGUUUUCAUGGGGUGCAACAAAGGAGAAAUUGAGCUUGGUUUCUUAAAUAUGUCUCAAGUUGAUAUUCAAACAGCACUUAGUAGUUUAUUUCCUGAAGAUUUUUCAAGACAAACACAACAAAUUAUUGAUCAAAAUACUAAUCCACCUUCAUCAUCUUCAUCUUCAAUGAGAUCACUAUCAGCAGCAGGUAGUCCUGAAUAUUCAUCUCUCAUAUUCAACAAUAUUCCAACUGGAAGAACUUCUCCAUCUCAAUUUCCACCUGAUCAUACACAUCUUGGAGGAUCAAUAAUCCCUCCAAUGAGACCUAUUUCAAACACACUACCCCUUCAACUUCAACAUCAACAAUUUCCUCAAAUCACACCAACACAAUUGUUCUCUACAACACAAAUGAAUCAUCAAAAUGAUGCAAUAAUGAGAGCAAUACAAAAUGUUAUAUCUACACCCCCCUCUCAACGAAACUUGCAUGGAGUUCAUCAAGAAGCUAGUGCAUUUGGAAGGUAUAGAAAUGAUAAAAGUCCUAAUAUAGGGUCAAAUUUUAGAAGACAAAGUUUGAUGAAGAGAUCAUUUUCAUUCUUUAGAAACUUGAAUUUGAUGAGAUUGAGAGAUCGGAGUACUCAAGCGAUGCGUCCUUCGAGUAAUCAACUUCAUCAUAUGAUAUCUGAGAGACGGAGGCGCGAGAAGCUUAAUGAGAAUUUUCAAGCACUUAGAGCAUUACUUCCUCAAGGAACUAAGAAAGACAAAGCAUCAAUACUAAUAACAGCAAAGGAGACAUUAAGGUCAUUGAUGGCUGAAAUAGACAAACUUAGCAAAAGAAAUCAUGAGUUGAUGUCACAACAAUUGCCAGCAGCCAAUAAAGAAUCAACAAAAACAAAAGAAAUUAUCAAAUUAUCAUCAAAUGAAAGAUUAAACGUGCAAAUUUUGCAUGUACCAGAAUCAAGUUCAUUAGAAGACGAGCCAAUGAUAGUGGAUUUGCAAGUGAAUGUGAUGGGACAAAUUUCUCAAGUUGAUAUGUUGAUUAGAUUAUUGGAAUUCUUAAAUCAAGUUCAACAUGUUAACUUGCUUUCAAUGGAUGCAACAAAUACAAAUAAUGCACAAGGGGAUAAUUCCAUUCAUCAAAUUACAUUCAGGCUAAGGAUUACUCAGGAAUGUGAAUGGGACGAGGAAGCCUUCCAGGAAGCUGUGAGAAGAGUUGUUGCUGACUUGAUGCAUUCCCAAGUGGACUAAAAUCUAUGACUCACAUAAUCACUUUGUAAUUUAAUUAAUUAUUUUUCAGCAGUAUCAAAUCAUACAUGGUAGCUGCAUGGAUGUUUGAUGUGUGAGAUUCUCUGCCUCUCUAAUCAUUGGGCAAUUUAACAAAAAAGAAAUUGGUUUUUAUGUAGUAUGUUUGUAUUGUUUCAUAAUUAAUUAAUUUGUUCUAUUAAGUCUA